CGGAUUGCUGUCAGUAUGUCGCUCAGUACUCAGGAUGUAGUGCUCAGGCUUCUCUUGCUAGCAUGCAUAACAGCCCUUCAAUCGGCAGGCCAACACGUGGAUCUCACGAACAGAUGCCCGUUAUUGGCUCCGAUCACCAAUGGGAUUAUCACGUAUCCAUCAGGACUUGUUUUCCCGUCAGAGGCCUUCUACACAUGCAACAUUGGCUACCGACUUCACGGCCCCAGCAAUCGUGCCUGUCAAUCAUAUGUGGGGUUCCACAAACAAAUCACUCCAACUGCCUGGAAGUCGCCCUCAAGUAGCACAUGCAAAGUCAACAAUUGUACUGCUCCACAUUUGGCCGAUGGACAGGUUCUCGGUACUUCUCCUUAUUUCAUGGCCAGCUGCAAGGACGGUUUCAAGUUAGUUGGGAAUGUGCAGAUCACCUGCAUCUCUGAUACGGAAACAACUCCGAUGCCAGCUUGCCAGCCUUUCAUAUGCACUCCACCAGCGAUCUCUCACGGAAUAACGUCCUCAACUGAACCAACACACACUACUAAAUGCAACUCCGGGUUUGAGCUCGUUGGUGACCCAAUCGUCAAAUGCGCCAGCAACAAGACCGCCACAACGCUUCCUACGUGUAAACGGUAUCAGUGUACUUCCCCGCCGAGAGUGACGAAUGGUCACGUGACCGUGCAGGGUUACCUGCGAGGCGGAACAGCGCAUGUAGCAUGCAACGCUGGAUACAAUCUACACGGAGCCAACACUACCACCUGUGUGAGCAAUGGUUCCUGGUCUCACACACUGGGCAACUGUCUUUCUACUACCUGUAACUAUGAGUUCAACAUUUCCAACGGCGUAGUAGUGCUUAAUGGCACUCCACCCUACCUGGUUGGAUCAAGCAUAUACGUGCAAUGCAUAAGCGGCUACACAGGUGGUGGCAUCGUCUUGUGCGAAGCCGACGGGACUUGGACGAACACUACAUGUACUCGUAUUCCGUGUGAAGUAUUUCAGAGCGUAGAGAAUGGGGUGGCACUGCUGAAUGACGACUUUUCCCCAACACUUGCCGUCCUGGUGUGUAACGAAGGUUAUCAUCUGAUCGGAACUGCUCUACUGCACUGCUCAACCACUGGUGUGUGGUCUGCACCUAUUCCUAUGUGCAAACAAGGAUCAUCAUCAGCAGCAGCCGGCUCGUCCGACUCAAGCGGUGCAACGUCAAACACAACAAUCAUUGUUGGUGUUGCAAGCUUCUUGGCUGGGUUUCUCAUUCCCACGGUGAUAUAUGUUUGCAUUCUCAAGCGUCGUGCACAGGAGCACAGGGUAGAGACUACCCAAGCUCCAGUGGAGUUGUGCAACAAGAUUGACUUGCCCGACCUGAAGGAGAAUGAUGCGUACGGCAUCGGAACAAGCUCCGACGAGACCCACUAUGACACAAUUUGACAUGGGACUCCUUUCAUCCCAUCCAAUACGCAUGCAUAUCUUUGGAUUUUAUUUUUACCCAACGGCCUGGGACUCCAGGUAGAAGUCAUUGAUCGUUUGUAAUUAUACCGCACAGUAUAAUAUUAUGGUGGCUUUGCAGUUGCAUUCACCUAAUCCGCAAUAUGUUUAAGAUAUGGUUUAUCGUCUUUCCUCCUCUUACCAUUUACACGCUUCGACCUUCAUUGAGAUAUUUACCAUUCUCUCUUCUUUCUCAUUAUUUUCUCCCCAACCCUCCUUCCCUGUAACACAAUAACACAUUCGCUGGCUUGUCAUUGAGCAUUUGUGCGCGUUAGGAUUAGCGAAUUCAAAUAAAGUAUACAAACAAAUAAACAAGGAGGAAAGCUUUCUCAAACAAAUCAUCAACAUGAUUGUAGUGCUAAUUAUUUGCUUUAGGUCUACUUUUAUGGUUUCAUGUUCUCAACCUUACUCACAAACAGCCCAACACACACACACACACACACACACACACACACACACACACACACACACACACAUACACACAAACAGUUAUUGGCUACACCACACAAGCAGAUUUUCUCCGAAUUUUCAACCAAGAGGGCACCAUCAUCAUCUCGUUCUUUUAUCCACCCCCCCUCGUUGUGGCUCUGACAAUGCAGCGAAUGACCUGUAUAGUACCCCUCAUGAGCUAAGGUAAAUACGGAGCAGGAUAUCUCUAUCCCAAGCAUAGCAGUUUAACACAGUUGAACCAAUGAAUCAGAUGCACCAAGUUAUGAUUUUUUUCUGAUAUUCUCUAGCUUCUCUUUGUUUUAAUCCUUUGUAAAAGUCUCCCCCCCCCCCCCACCUACCAUUUUAGUAUUAAAUACAUGUGUGGUUGAAUGGUGUCUUUGAAUAGUAUGCAAAUGAUCAAGUGUUUGUUCAUCUAUAUUUUCCCUUUUUUCGUUUUUCGUUUUGCUUUCUUUCCCUUUUUCUCCCCUUCUCUUCUGGGGUCAUGUCCAACAUUGGGUGUGGCCCAAGCGAAGGCUAGGCUAACGCCGAUGCCAACGCGAAAGGACUGAGGAUGGUGA